GGAGGCGAAGAGAGAGAAAGUUUCCGUUGUCUUCGUUGAUUUGGGAGAGAGGCUCGAACAGGCAUAGGCGCGAAAAUGGCGGUUGGCGAUAGGUCCUUUUACCCCAUUUUUAUAUUUCGCAAUUGGCAUCAUUUUGAUUCCAGCGGUAUUUUGAACUACCCAGCUCCGAUCUAUCUGGCUCCCCUCUAUUCUUCACUGCCUAUAUCCCCUUCUUUCAGUUUCUUCCACGCCUCUCUUCUUUUCCUGCUGCCUUCACGAUUUCCAGAAGAAAAUUAAGAUUUUGGUACAAAAGGAAAUGAUUUUUUUUUCGAUUGAGGAAGUGGACUCAUCGAUUUCAUGAAUUUGUGAAGAAAAAAGGGCUUUUAAUGGUUCAUUGAGAUUUUCGUACGCCGUUAGGGUUUUGUUUUGCGGCAAAAGUUGUUAUAUAAAAAUCCAUUUGGUAUUUAUCUUUGUGGGGUGGUGAGGGUGGAUUCUGCCAUGAGUUGGUUUAAUAAGUUUCAUACUAAAGACAAGACAAAGUCCAGCCACAAACGGAGAGAUGUUGGAAAGGAUGUGGAUAAACCUACCAUUAAUGAGGAACCUCCAUCAAAUGCUACCAAACAGAGGGUUGCGGCUGCGAAACAGUACAUUGAAACUCAUUAUAAGGAGCAGAUGAAGAGCAUGAGGGAGCGCAGAGAAAGACGAGUCAUUCUGGAGAGGAGUUUGGCUAAUGCUGAUAUUUCCGAAGAGGAGCAAAAUAGCGUCCUCAAAGACUUGGAGAGAAAGGAGACGGAGUACAUGCGACUUCAAAGGCAUAAAAUGGGAGUUGAUGAUUUUGAUUUGCUGAUAAUGAUAGGCAAAGGUGCAUUUGGUGAGGUUAGAAUAGUUAGGGAGAAGGCAACGGGUAAUGUAUAUGCAAUGAAAAAACUCAAGAAAUCAGAGAUGCUGAGACGAGGCCAGGUCGAACAUGUAAGAGCUGAGAGAAACAUCCUUGCGGAGGUUGAUAGUAAUUUUAUCGUUAGACUUUAUUGUUCAUUUCAAGACAAUGAGUUCUUGUACCUUAUAAUGGAGUAUCUUCCCGGUGGAGACAUGAUGACUUUGCUUAUGCGGAAGGAUAUAUUAACUGAGGAUGAGGCCAGAUUUUAUGUAGGAGAGGCUGUUCUUGCUAUUGAAUCUAUUCACAAGCACAACUACAUUCACAGAGAUAUCAAGCCUGAUAAUCUUUUACUGGAUAGAAAUGGUCAUUUGAAACUCUCUGAUUUUGGGCUAUGCAAGCCUUUAGACUCUAGUUAUUUUAAUGAAAGGGAAUAUACUCUAGAGAAAAACUAUAGCACUGGUUCCUUGCAAAAUGAAAGAAGGUUAUCAACACCGAAGCGCACACAACAAGAGCAAUUACAGCACUGGCAGAAGAACAGAAGAACACUGGCUUACUCAACCGUUGGUACACCUGAUUAUAUUGCUCCGGAAGUUUUGUUGAAGAAGGGUUACGCAAUGGAAUGUGAUUGGUGGUCUCUUGGUGCUAUAAUGUACGAGAUGCUUGUGGGCUAUCCUCCAUUCUAUUCUGAUGAACCUAUGACUACAUGCAGGAAGAUAGUUAAUUGGAGAACACAUUUGAAGUUCCCCAAAGAAGCCAAGUUAUCUCCACAAGCAAAAGACCUUAUGAGUAAGCUCUUAUGCAAUGUUGAUCAGAGGCUUGGCUCAAAUGGUGCUUAUGAGAUAAAGAAUCAUCCAUGGUUUGAAGGUAUUGAAUGGGAUAGAUUGUAUGAAAUGGAAGCUGCCUUCAUUCCAAAUGUCAAGGAUGAAUUGGACACCCAAAACUUUGAAAAAUUUGAAGAGCCUGCAGCCCCAGUUCAACCUUCAUCAAGACCAGGACCAUGGAGAAAGAUGCUUUCUUCCAAGGAUAUCAACUUUGUGGGUUACACCUACAAGAACUUUGAAAUUGUUAAUGAAAAUGAAGUGAUUGAGAUAGCUGAACUAAAGAAGAAAACUUGCAAAUCAACUCAACGAUCAGUCAAGUCCCUCUUCGAUGCAGAGGAACAACAAUCUAAUGGUUCUAUUGUUGGAGCCUUCGCUGAGGUGCGGCUUUCAGAGACAGAAGAGUCGAAGAGACGCAGUUCAUCUGCCUCUACUUCCUAAUUGAAGAUGCUGAAAGAAGCAUAGACAAUGUGUACAAUUGUAUCAGUAUUCUUACCAUUGUGGCUGCAUGAG